AAGCUGAGCGUUUUCAUUUAUUAUCGUGCCACUUGUCUUAUUUGCCAUCGAAGAUAUGCCAAUAAAUUUAGGUGAGAGAGAUCGUUCUUGCAAUUGUCUCCCUCCGCUCUCAACCGAAAAAUGGAGCAGGCAAAAAGCAACAAAAAACAUCACAGAUUUCAUGUCAAUCUCAAGAACCUUCCGCCUAUAGAUCCUUCGAUCAUCCCCCCACUCUAUCAGGAUAAAUAUGAUAACCGCAGUUCCAGAAAUGAACCAAAUGUAGUAAGACUGAGCUCCAGAGAGGGAACAGAGCUGGUAGAAUUUGACCAGUUACCCAGGAAAGCAGAUAUGGCUUACGGAAAUUUAAGACUGGAUAUGGAGGUUGAGGAAGAUGUUUGUUUAUCCUCAACCAAGUUAAUAGACCCCAACAGCACCAAGAACUUCAACAGGGAGAGUGAGAUUUUCCAUAGUAACUUGGCUGUUCAAGAUGCUCCGAAAAUGGCAUCAGCCAAAUCACAGUUGCACGAGAUAUGUGCUGCAAACAAUUGGAAAUUGCCGUUGUAUGAAUGCUGCAAGGAGGAAGGCCCUUCUCACAUGAAAUUAUUCACCUUCAAGGUUGUUGUUGAGAUACAAGAAGCAUCAGCUACCAUUUUGCAGUGCUUUAGUGAUCCUCAGUCCAAGAAGAAAGUGGCAGCAGAGCAUGCAGCUGAAGGGGCAUUAUGGUAUUUGAGACAUCUUGGGUAUUUUCCACCCAACAAGCUAUCAAAAGCCAGUUCGCUUGACUCAUAGGAUCAGGAUAAUCAUACCAUUGUUUGUUUCUUUCCUUUUCUAACAGAAGGUAAUAACAGGGAAUAUUCAACUUGUACCUAUUCGUAAUGGUGAUGAUAUAAAUAUUUUGUUAUUUUUUUUCAUUUUUAGUAACAAUAUAUUGCUGAAAGCAUUGUAAAUGUGUGUAAAUGGUUAUAAAUGUUUGAUGUAAUCAAACAAAAAGGUAAUAA